CAGACGCAGCGGACAGCCAGGGUGCAGGGAGCCAGCGGACAAGUCUGUGUGUCUGCCUCGCUCACCACCCUCACUCUGCACCAUGGGGAAGGACAGGCUGCCCGGUGGCCCGAGCAUCUUCCUCCUGCUCCUCUUCCUCCUCCCUGGAGACACCUCGCCCACCACCGAACCGCAGUACAUGGUGCUAGUGCCCUUUCUGAUCCACACCAACGGUCCUGAAAAGGUCUGUAUCCAGCUGACCCACCUGAACGAGUCUGUGACGCUGAGCGCCACGCUGGAAUACGCAGGGGAGAACAGGAGCCUGAUCGCAGAUGUGGUGUCGGAGAAGGACGUGUUCAAGUGUGUCCCGUUCACAGUUCCAAAGUCCAGCAGCUCAUCAGCAGCGUUUCUCACAGUGCUGGUGAAGGGGCCGACGCUGGAGUUCAGGAGCCGGAAAUCAGUGCUGGUCAAGAACUCAGAGAGCCUGGUCUUUGUCCAGACGGACAAACCCGUCUACAAACCCGGACAAACAGUUCUGUUUCGGAUCGUCUCUCUGGACGAAGACUUCCGUCCCCUGAAUGAGAAGUUUGCACUGGUCUUCAUCAAAGACCCACAGAGGAACCGUGUGUACCAGUGGCGAGAGGUGGAGUUAAAUGGGGGCCUCACCCAGCUCUCCUUCCCCCUCACCUCCGAGCCCAUCCAAGGCACCUACAACGUGGUGGUGCAGAAGGAGUCGGGGACCAAUCUCGAACACUCCUUUAGUGUGGAGGAAUAUGGUAAGGAAGGAUACACCUAUGGGACCCCUGUCCCCGGCCUGGUGAAUGUCCGUGUGUGCCGGAGAUUCUCCCAGUCCAGGUCACACUGCUAUGGAAGAGAGGCCGAGGCUGUGUGUGAGGAAUUCACCAGACAGGCGGACAUUCAAGGCUGUGUCUCCAAUGUGGUAAAGACUAAAAUAUUCCAGCUCAAGCGAAAGGAUUAUGAGAUGAAAAUUGAGGUUGAAGGCAAGAUCACGGAAGAGGGUACAGGAGUGGAGUUAACUGGGACAGGCUCCAGUGAGAUCACAGACACCAUGAGCAAAAUCAGCUUUGAGCAGGUGGACUCUCAUUACAUACCAGGGAUCCCCUUCUCCGGGCAGGUGAAGCUGGUGGAUGGGACCGAUGCUCCAAUUGCCAACGAAACCAUCCGGAUUUCCGUAGGGAGAAACAACUACGAAGCCAAUUACACAACGAAUGAAGAGGGCCGAGUCUCGUUUUCUAUAGACACUGUCAACUUCACAGAAAACUCGAUUCAAAUCACUGCAAACCAUAAAUCUGAACUGAACUGUUACGACAGAGACUGGAUCACCCCUGUGUAUAGUAACGCCGUUCACACAGCAACACGCUUUUACUCCCCGAGUCAGAGCUUUCUCAAAAUCGAGCCCCUGUCUCAGACUUUAAGCUGCGGCUCCAAUGAGAUGGUCCGGGUGCACUACAUCCUGAAGCCAGAGGCCGUGGGGGAGCAGAAGGAAAUCGUCUUUUACUAUGUGGUGAUGGCCAAGGGAGGCAUAGUGAGGGCAGGCACCGAGGUGCAUCCCGUGGGGGAUGGAGAACAUAUCCAGGUAUUUGAGCUGAGCCUGCCCGUGCGGCCUGAUAUCGCCCCCCUGGCCCGGGUACUCGUAUACACCACUUUACCAAGCGGGGACGUUAUCGCCAAUUCCGAAGAUUUCAAGAUUGAAAACUGCUUUGCCAAUAAGGUCGACUUGCAUUUCUCACCGGCCGAGGGCCUCCCCGCCUCUGACACUCACCUCCGGAUCGGAGCCUCCCCGGGCUCCCUGUGUGCCAUCCGUGCUGCGGACAAGAGCGUCUUCCUCAUGAAGCCUGAAGCAGAGCUCUCGCCCAGCUCUGUGUAUAAUUUGCUCCCAGUGAAGGAGAUCAGGGGUUAUAAUUACCGAGAGCACCAUUUGGAGGAAGAAGACAAUAACCCUUGUGUGAAACUCGACAACGUCAUUAUAAACGGAUUCAUCUAUGGACCCAUUUCUCCUGACGGCGAAGGGGACGCCUACAACGUUCUCAAGGCGAUGGGUUUAAAAGUCUUCACCAGCACCAAGGUCCAGAAGCCCAGACUCUGCAUGGAGAGAAUGUACAGUAGAACAUAUGUACCUGAGGUGGCUGGUAUUGGCGCGGGGCUCAUAUAUGAUGCAAAUACCUUAGUUGGUGGCAUGAUGGAAAAUCUCAUUCAUGGCCCAGUGGAGACAAUCCGGAAGUAUUUCCCUGAGACGUGGAUUUGGGAUUUAGUCAGCAUCUCACUGGCUCCAUCUGAUGACUUCCGGGCUACCCCUGUGGAGAAGGAAGAAGAAUCUUAUUGUCUCUGUGUGAACGGACGGAAAACAGUAUCUUGGGCUGUGACCCCAAAAUCUCUGGGUAAUGUGGAUUUCUCAGUGAGCGCUGAGGCCCUGAAGACAGAUCUGCCCUGCGGGAACGAGGUAGUGGAGACCCUGGACAAAGGGCGGAAGGACACGGUGAUCAAACAGCUGUUAGUGGAGCCUGAAGGGUUUGAGAAGGAAACGACCUACAACUUCCUGCUCUGUGCAGCUGGAAAGACAGUGCCUCAGCCAGUGUCCCUGAAGCUCCCAGAGAACGUGGCGCAGGGCUCGGCCAGAGCCUAUUUCUCAGUGCUGGGCGAUAUCCUGGGCACAGCCAUGCAGAACCUGCAGCAGCUCCUCCAGAUGCCCUUCGGCUGCGGGGAGCAGAACAUGGUCCUGUUUGCCCCCAACAUCUACGUCCUGGACUAUCUGAAUAAGACGGGGCAGCUGAGCGAGGAGACCAAAUCCAAGGCCAUCGGAUACUUAGUCAGCGGGCAUGGGAGGGAGCUCUCACCGCUGUCCGCUCUCUGUGGCAGGCUGACGGCCUUCGUCCUCAAGUCGUUCGCGCAGGCCCGCUCUCAGAUCUUCAUCGAGGAGAAGCACAUCCAGGACGCCCUGGCCUGGCUCGCUGGCAAGCAGAAGGAAAACGGCUGCUUCCGCAGCUCCGGGACGCUCCUGAACAAUGCCAUAAAGGGUGGGGUGGACGAUGAGGUCACGCUGUCUGCCUACAUCACCAUCGCGCUGCUGGAGAUUCCUCUGCCCGUCACUCACUCUGUGGUCCGUAACGCUCUGUUCUGUCUGGAGACAGCCGCAGAGCAGGGAGGAAACCACGUGUACACCAGGGCGCUACUGGCCUACGCCUUUGCCCUGGCGGGGAAGGAGGAGAAGCGCAGGGCAUUGCUGGACUCGCUUGACAAGGAAGCUGUGAAAGAGGAUGGCUCCAUUCACUGGCAGAGGCCUGGGAAGGAGCCGAAAGCCGAUCUCCCCUUCUAUCACCCCCGUGCUCCUUCCGCCGAGGUGGAGAUGACGUCCUAUGUGCUCCUCACUUACCUCACCACUCAGCCGGCACCAUCCCAAGAUGACCUGUCAUUAGCAGCUCAAAUUGCAAAGUGGAUCAACAAGCAGCAGAAUCCCAAUGGGGGCUUCUCCUCCACCCAGGACACAGUGGUGGCGCUCCAGGCACUGUCCCGAUAUGGAGUCUCCACCUAUGCCAAGAGCGGAGGAGCAUCCACAGUGACCCUGCAAUCCACAGGGAACUUCCAGUCCCAGUUCCAGGUGGAUCACAAGAACCGUCUGCUGCUCCAGCGUGUGGCACUGCCAGAGGUGCCAGGGGACUACAGCAUGGGGGUGACAGGAGAAGGAUGUGUCUACGUGCAGACCAGCCUGAGGUACAACGUGCUCCCCAAGCCGGGCGAGGCGCCAUUCGCGCUGGAGGUGCACACAGUCCCCAAGACAUGUGACAGCGCCAGGGCUCAAAGGACCUUUAACAUCGCCAUAAACAUCAGCUACACAGGGAAACGCCCUGUCUCCAACAUGGUCAUCGUUGGUAAGAUGCUGUCAGGAUUCGUACCUAUGAAGUCAUCAGUGAGGAUGCUGGAAGGACAUAACCACAUCCACCGCACAGAACUGAGCACCAACCACGUGCUGCUCUACAUGGAGCAGGUGAGCAACGUGACUCGGAGCUUCUCCUUCGCGGUGGAGCAGGACUUCCCCGUGCAGAGCCUGAAGCCGGCACUGGUGAAAGUCUACGAUUACUACGAAACGGAUGAAUUUGCCAUCGCUGAGUACAGCGCCCCCUGCAGCAAAGUGGGAGCCGAGCAGAGCAACGUGUGAGGGAUGGAGUCGUGUUCCGAGCCUCCCGCGUCCCACCUGCUUAGCCCCUGCGCAGGCUGAGGUGGAUGGAUGGAGCGACAGAGAAAACAGCAGU